AUGAGCGACAAGAUUCUCCAGCAAACGGCAGCGGGCGCAGCGGGCGCGUCGGGCACAGCGCCUCCAUGCGAGGUGGUGGUGGUGGAGAGGAGGGUUCCGGGCGCGGCGUAUGGCGGCGGCGCCGAGAGGAGAGCGGAGUAUGGCAGCGGUGCCGAGAGGAUAGCCGAGCACAGCGGCGUGAGGAGAGCGGAGUUUGGCAGUAUGGACAGGACUACACCAGCUGUCGGCCUUCCCUACCAGCCUUACCCACAUCACCGCGCUGUCGAUAGGAACUUCAACAGAUUUUCCAGGUCGGCUUUUCAUUCUGCUCGCGACGGCAUUCGCCAACAUACUGAUUGGUGUCAAUCCAGCGUCAGCCACUCGUCACCCGGUUCAAGUACAUCAUUGCCAGUGAUGAUCCCGUCCAGCCCGCCUAUUACUCCCGGUCCGGAACUGCAAAUCAUCAUAGAGAACACACCGAAUCACGCAGCGAAAAGAAAAGUUCAGCUGAACGACGAGUUACGGCUGUCACUGGUUAAGUUGUGCCUUGCAAAUCAGUCCGAGCAUGUCUAUGGCGGCAAGACGAAUUUUUGGAAACGGAUGUCGCAUCUGCUAGAGCAAAAGACCGGUGUUAACCUCCGCGAUCCCCGGAGUACUGUACACGAUCUCGUUGCAGUGCGUAGGAGAGACAUGGCAAGAGGCGGCAAGGAGUCGGAAACGGUCCAAGGGCUGAGCCAGGCGGUGGAUCAAUGGAUGAAACAUAUCGAUAUCGAACAGCGGAAAAUUGAGGAUACGCAAAAGAGACUUAGGCAGUUGGCGCAGGAGAAAAAGGCUUCUGAUAUCAGGAGACGGAAUCUGGUUUCAACGUUGUCCAUGAAGCGAAGAGCGAGACCGGACGAUGGGGAAUCAGAGGUGGAGAUCAUGAAUGGUGAUGAGUUUUCAGCGGGGAUGAGGGCACAAAGGCUAAAGAGACGGAAGCAGUGUACAGCGGCUGCACCGGGUGCUAGCAGUACUGGGCUUGAUCCCAAUGUGCAGGCAAUUCUGGGAGGUAUGGCAGCGCUGGGUGACAAGAUGAUUCAGGCAAUCGGUAUCACUCAGCAGAUUCAGCAGCGAGAUUCGCAGAUUGAGCAAUUGCGGGCUGGACAAGCUGAGAUGAUGACAAUGCUACGGGAGUUGAGGAAUGAAAGGAAUGAAAGGAAUGAAGGGAAUUUGUAA